CGCAAAUUCAUCUCGCCGAGAUCAAUUUUUAUUUGCUUAAAUCCGAAAAGUUAGCUUAUUUAACAUUCGGACAGUGACCCUUUUUAGUGUUUCUUUUAUUACAUCCUUUCCCAAUAUUCAGUUUACCACAUUUGUAAAUAUCUAAUUCGAAAAAAAAAAAUAUAUUCUUUCUUCUUCCCACUACCCACUCACCUUCCUCCUUUUAUCAUCCUCCUCCUCCUCUUCUCACAUUUCUCUCUGUGUAUUUUCUCGAAGAGAGAGAUAAAAGAUGGAAGCGGCGAUACAAACCAGAGGACUCCUCUCCUUACCCGCCAAACCCAUCGGAGCAACAAGAAGCCUUCUCCACCCACCCCACGCCUUAAAGCACAGACUCUUCUCUUCCAAGCCAAGAAACCUCCCUCCCUUGUCUCUCUCCUUCAACGUUCACAAGAAAGUUCAAUCCUUUCCCCCAACCCGUCACGGGUUCAUAUGCAAGGCGGAGGCAUCUGCCACCGGCGACGGAGCUCUGUUCAACGAAGGCGACACAGCCGCCGCAGCAGUUACACCGUCACCAAAGAUCUUCGGCGUGGAAGUCACAACCUUAAAAAAGAUUAUACCUUUAGGGUUAAUGUUCUUUUGCAUUCUCUUCAACUACACGAUCCUUAGGGACACUAAGGACGUCUUGGUGGUGACGGCAAAAGGAAGUUCAGCUGAGAUUAUACCUUUUUUGAAGACGUGGGUUAAUCUCCCUAUGGCUAUUGGGUUCAUGCUUCUUUACACUAAACUAUCCAACGUUCUCUCCAAGAAGGCUCUGUUUUACACUGUGAUUAUACCUUUUAUUAUCUACUUUGGGGCGUUUGGGUUUGUUAUGUACCCUCUCAGCAACUAUAUUCACCCGGAUGCUCUUGCUGAUAAGCUCCUUGCUGCUCUUGGACCAAGGUUUAUGGGUCCUCUUGCUAUCUUGAGGAUUUGGAGUUUCUGUUUGUUUUAUGUCAUGGCUGAGCUUUGGGGUAGUGUUGUUAUUUCAGUUCUCUUCUGGGGCUUUGCUAAUCAGAUCACAACUGUGGAUGAAGCCAAGAAAUUCUAUCCCUUGUUUGGACUUGGAGCCAAUGUUGCGUUGAUUUUCUCUGGAAGAACAGUGAAGUACUUUUCUAACUUGAGAAAGAAUCUUGGUCCUGGAGUUGAUGGAUGGGCAGUUUCAUUGAAAGCGAUGAUGAGUAUUGUGGUGGGGAUGGGACUUGCCAUCUGUUUCCUCUAUUGGUGGGUCAAUAGAUAUGUUCCUCUUCCAACUCGUAGCCUGAAAAAGAAGAACAAACCGAAGAUGGGAACGAUGGAGAGUUUGAAGUUCUUGGUGUCAUCACCAUACAUUAGGGAUCUUGCUACUUUAGUGGUGGCUUAUGGUAUUAGUAUCAACCUUGUGGAAGUCACAUGGAAAUCAAAGCUCAAAGCUCAGUUCCCUAGCCCGAACGAGUACUCAGCAUUCAUGGGUGACUUCUCAACAUGCACUGGUAUUGCAACAUUCACAAUGAUGCUUCUCAGUCAAUACGUAUUCGAUAAGUAUGGUUGGGGAGUAGCUGCAAAGAUCACUCCAACUGUUCUGUUAUUGACUGGCGUUGCCUUCUUCUCCUUGAUACUGUUUGGUGGCCCAUUCGCACCACUUGUUGCCAAGCUUGGUAUGACUCCAUUACUCGCAGCUGUCUAUGUUGGUGCUCUUCAGAAUAUCUUCAGCAAGAGUGCCAAGUACAGCUUGUUUGAUCCUUGUAAAGAAAUGGCUUAUAUCCCCUUGGAUGAGGACACCAAGGUGAAAGGGAAAGCUGCUAUUGAUGUGGUUUGCAACCCAUUGGGAAAAUCAGGGGGUGCUCUAAUACAGCAGUUCAUGAUCUUAUCCUUUGGAUCACUAGCAAAUUCAACACCAUACUUAGGAAUGAUAUUGCUGGUCAUUGUCACUGCGUGGUUAGCCGCAGCUAAGUCCCUGGAGGGACAGUUCAAUGCGUUGAGGUCUGAAGAAGAGCUUGAAAAGGAAAUGGAGAGAGCUUCAUCGGUUAAGGUACCUGUUGUGUCUCAGGAAGAAGGUGGGAACGGUUCUCUUGGAGACUCUACUAGCAGUUGGCCUGAGAAAUCAGCUCCUACCAACAUAUAA